CUUCCGUUCGCAGAUCUUCCCCAGUGCCGUUGCCUGCAAUUUGUCUUUCCCUUCUCUGAGCAUCUUACUCCUGUAUGCCCUCUCCCCCAGGUUAUCUACACCCUACGGGAUCCUCGAGAUGUUGUUGUCUCCUACUUCUACUUCUGCCAGAUGUGCAACAGCUAUGAGGACCCCGUGUCCUUUGAGCAGUUCUUGAUGGACUUUCUCAGUGGAGAGUUGCCCCACGGCUCGUGGUUUGAACAUGUCCGAGGCUGGAUGGAGAUGAAGGACAGGGAGAAUUUCUUCUUCAUCACCUACGAAGAGCUGAAACAGGACCUGCAAGGCAGUGUGAGACGCCUCUGCCGUUUUCUGGGACAGAAUUUGGAUGAGGACGCUAUCUCCUCAGUAGUCCAAAAUGCCUCCUUCACGGCCAUGCGGCAAAACCCUAUGUGCAGCUCCAUCUUGCUCCCUGCAGACAUCAUGGACCAGACCAAAGGCCAGUUCCUGAGGAAGGGCGUCUGUGGGGACUGGAAGAACCAUUUCUCAGUGGCACAGAGUGAGACCUUCAACAGAAUCUACCAGGAGAAGAUGAGGGGUUUGGACGUGGCCUUUCCUUGGGACAGAGACCAGGAUCCAGACCUAACUGAGGCCAUCUGAGUAAUGAGUAUCAGGCAUCUGUUGGCAACUGGGGUAACGGUUGCUGUUGGAUACAGGGAGUGGGAUCCAGGAGUACAGAUGGCUGCAACAUGUUGGGAGGUACAGUUUGCUGCAAAGCCAACUGUGUGCUUUACCAUGGGGAUUUAACAGCUCAGCCUUGUCAGUGAAUGGGAAAAAUGUGCUGCAGAACAGGAACUACCUAAAGAUCUCAGCCAAGUGCAUCACAGACAGUCAGACUUGUAAAGACUUUUUAAUGUCAAACACUAAAGAAGGACUUAGGGACAUCAAAGAAGGGGAAGACCUUUUGUGCAUUUUGGCUCAGACACGGUUCUGUGAUUUGUGUAUCUCCAAGCCCUCACAGAGCCUACAGGGAAACCCAGCUCUUUGCAAGUGCCAAAAUACAGUUUGUAAAAUACCCACAGCUUUACUUCCUGGACAUCCAGCCAGAGUCGCUUGGGCAUGACUCCAGCCUUGGCCAGACACCACCUGAUCUAUCCAGCCAUAGAAAGUUAUCUUAUGGGCAGCGAGCAGCGCCUUCCAUAUUGGUAGGACUGGCAUGUCCAUGUCGUGCAAUGUCAUAGCUAGAAGGUGAAGUGACUUAAGAAAAGACUACUAACCCUGUUGUCAGUGCAGACUGACUUGCCAUUACGGUGCACCCAUUCAGGCCAAUCACGUUCUGCUUGAUGAUCGUCCAUGUGGGAGCUUAGAAAUAGAGAGAACGGACACGUGGCACAGCAUUAGAAAAUGCCUACAAAACCAUGGUCAAAAUUGUUGCCUCUUACAUAAAUUACAGUUCAGUGACCUAG